GGCAGGCAGGCAGGGAACGCAUUACACACCCUCAGCUGCUGCUCUACUGCGCUACUUUUCGCAGUCGUUCGCGCACCCUCUGAGCGCGAGGGUGGCUGUGAGCUUUAUCUCAAACACAGUAUAUACAGUAUGUACAUAGGAACGUAUAGUACAUAACCAAGAAAAAACUCGACCGAGUGUGGCACAACGUGUUUAGUUUUUUGGAUUCUUUUCCAUUCAGUGCAUCCCCUGGAGCUAGGGCACAUAACGAGAGAAAUUAAUCUCGAACGAAUAAGUGAAAAUCGGAGGCAGAAAUUGCCGAGCUAUUGAAUAAGGAGGAGAAAAGGUGCAGCUCGCAGGUAAUACAGCGACAAACAAUCAUGUGAAUGGACUGGCCGAUGCUGUGGCUGGACGGGGCUUUGGUAACGAGUGCCUGCUAGCAGCGAACAGCAUCGUAGAGAACGUCGUCGAAAUCACGAAUACGUGGCGAGACGUUAAGCAGGCGCUGAGCCUGCUGUGCGUCAAAACAUCGGCCAACGCCGCGGCAGGUAUGCUCGAGGCGCCACCGGGCAGCAGAGAGGAUCUCGUUGAAGCCGCUCGUACGCCUUGUUCGCCAACCGACCUCGACACGAUGCUUUACGGAUACACCAACAGCAUUUACGUGCUGGACCACACGCCCGAGCCCCUCUCGGACAUGGACAUGCUGCAGCUGUUCGCAUCGCCGGCCGGCCGAGCCCUCAUCGGCGGAAGCUCGAGCUCGCGCGCCACCGGCGAGGAUCGUCAGACCAAGCAGAGCCGAUCGUCGACGUCCUCGCUGACGCGCGAGUCUGCCCUGUCGAAGCUCGUGGUCACGGCCGGCCCGUCGAGGGAGCCAGCCGGCAGCUUGAGCAGCCAGGGCAGCAACAACAGCAGCAGCUCGCUGCGCAGCAGGUUCACCCUGGGCAGCGGCAGCGCCAGCGCCCCGGCCUCGCCCCGGCAGCGCAAGAGCAGCACCGAGCUCUACAAGGAGGCCGUCGAGAUUCUCGGCCUGACCUGCACGCUCAGCGACAGUUGCCGCUGCAUCGAUUGCCAGAGCAAUUAUUUCGACUACGAAGACGACUACGGAGACACGAGGACGGAACUGGCGGCGGGCACGCCCGUAUUACUGGACCACGCGUUGACGCAUCCGCUGACCUGUUCCAUUCAGUAGCGACUGAUUUAAACACGCGCAUACGUACCAUACGUAAACGUCGUGCUCAUGAUGUGUCAGUUUCAGCGACGAACAACCGAGAGGGACAAGAGAGAGGUAUAGAGAGAGAGAGAGAGAGAGAUUGGAAAUACAACUGGUUAUGAUGUGAAAGUGACCACCGCGCGCUAUACGAGUGACGGAUGUGCUCUCCACCAAGGAUUAUAUAUGCAUCUUAAUGUUGAAAUGCUUUUCGAGGGCUGUUGAUAUACUUUCAUCUGUUUUAGUUUUAUCGCGAUGCACCAGGCAAAAAUAAAGUGUUAUUAAAUGCUAUGAAGCAGCGCACGAAAAUCUAUUUUUUAUGUCAAAAAUCGGCUUAAUAUAAAUUCAGUAUAUCGCGUCGACGCACACAGCGCGCAGCUUUUGAUUGAAUAUUCAACGCGGAGAUAUAUUGCCUAAAACUCGUUUGAAAUUCCAAUUUGAAAAUUGUUAUACUUCGAUAAAUCGAUGUGUUUCGUUGUACAACUGCAAAUAUCUAUAAUUUGUUACAAAUGGCCUUACCAGCCAUGAUAAAACAAUUCAAAGUGAAUAAAGGAAAGUGUAAAAUAGUAUAUAAGAGUAUAAAUUAAGGAAAAAACAACUUUAUGCAUUAGUGCUCAAGGAUUUUAGAGGGAAAAAUCUUGAAUUCGAUCUGCUUUUGUUUUACAAAAAAAUUGCAAGAAUCAAAAAAGACAACAACCUUUUUUUACCGUUUUUAUGCAAGAUAUUUAUAAAACGUGACGCUAAUGCAUAUUAAUAAGUAUCAUAAUUAUAUUCUGCUCGUUAUAAAAAAUCAUUUCCAUAACUCAUUCUCUGUAAAAUUCACAAAAACAAAUGCAUCAUAUAUACUAUAAAUUAUUGUAAUAAAUGCAGAGUCACUUCUCCUAUCUUAAGAAUCUAUUUCUCCAUCUUGCUAAUAAGCUAUUAUUCUCCAAUAAUAUUUUUUUAAACCAUAAAAAUCUUUCAAUUCGAUUCGACCUUAACCAAUCCUGAUUUUUCACAUUCAGUCAUCGUUUAACAAAGCUUACAAUGAGACACUAUAUUAAUCAUUAUCAGCUUCAUCUUUUUACAGAACAUACGUAGACAAUAGUUUCGACAAAAAAAAUUAUAAUGUUCAAACGUUAAGGUCGUACAACAUCUCAUUUAUAAACAGGAGCUCAUAUAUGUAUCAUCAGCGAUUAUGUGAUUGCGAUCUUGCAAAAAAACAAUUUUGUAUUGAGUGGCUGUCUAUGCAAAAAAAUCUUCGUAUUACACCUAUUUGCAAUUGUAAGUAAUAGAUUUACAUGUGAAAUAAAUACGCAUAUUGAAUUUAAUAAUUUUUACGUAAAAAAGGAAUGAUGAAAAACAAUAAACGAACGAACAGGCCUGUGUAUUGAUUUAGUAAUUGAUGAUCGUGCUGAUUAUCGUUACGCAAAGGUAUGACAUUUAGAAAAAAUCGACUAAAAUUACAAUAAGAAAUGUCUUUUUAAGUAAAUUUUUAUUUGUUACGAAUACUAUACAUAUAUAAAUGAUCAUAUAUGAUAUAUAAUGCUACGUGUACACCUGAAAAUUACCCUAUAGGAUGUCUUUUUGACUAAAAAAUAAAUGAAUAAAUAAAUAAAAGAUGAAAAUUUGAAAUUUGACACGGAAAGGUGAAGCUUAAGUGCCAAAAAGUUUAAAAAGAUAUACUUUAUUAAUAUCAAUACUAUACCGUAUGUAUAACCAUCGCAUAAGAACUUGAUCAAACAAUGGAAGUAUCUAUUUAAUAUCUAUUACGUAUAUGAGAUAAUUAUUAUACACAUGUACUUGCCGAAAAUUUCAAGAUGUUAAAAUUCUAUGUACAUAAAUCUCUGAGAGACUGUGAAACUUUGGCACUUUAAAAACCAUUAGCAUACAUUGCGCGUAUGACAUUAUAUGUAUAUACAUGGCAAUGAUAUUUCUACGGCGUAACAAGCGCGAUGAUAAGGUGUACGACUUAGCUAAGGAAGCUGAAACUGCUCUAAUAUUUCUAGCCUCCUGGCUGAAUGAAAAACUUCUGUUGAGAAACAUCAAGUUGUACGACACGGUUGAUUUAGGAGUUUAAAUGAUGAUGCUUUCAAUUAUACAAAUUCAAAUGAUAUGUUCUGAUGUUAAGUUUGAGAUAAUGUCAUUCGCGUUUCUCUCGUUAUUACUGUUUUUUAAACGACUAAAAGAGAUUUAACAAAAUAUAAUUUGUACAUGUUAAUAAUAUGUAAGUGCUGCGAAUGAACAAAAAUUUGAAUA